AUGCAUAAUGACGCAACGGCUAAGGUGCUUGGGCCCGUUAGCGCUAUGGCCGGUGAUACCCUGACGCUUCCAUAUCGGAAGGACGUCGCCUUGCAACUAAUUUUCUUUGAUGGAGAAGAGGCGUUCAUAGAUUGGACCGAAACGGAUUCUUUGUACGGAUCACGUCAUCUUGCCAAGAAAUGGGAAUCGAAAUGGUAUCCUACAACGACUGGCACAAACUUCGAACUGAGUCGAGAGAUAGAUAGGAUUGACGUUCUCAUGCUGCUUGACCUUCUUGGAGCUGCUAAUCCGACUAUAUCAAAUACGAUGGGACUUGGAGCACUGCCGUUGUUUGACAGCUUGUCUUCUAUUGAAGCAGAGUUAACCCGUCUCGGGUGUGGGUAUGUACAACGUAAUGUAUUCAAUUCUGCACGGUCAAUUCAUGCUGUAGAGGAUGAUCAUAUUCCAUUUAUGAAGCGAGGUGUACCCAUCCUUCAUCUGAUUCCGGUGCCGUUCCCACGUGUCUGGCAUACGGCAGGCGACAAUGAAAGUGUGCUGCAUUACCCUACAAUCUAUCACAUGAUGGCUGUAAUUAGAGUGUUUGUGGCGAAAUAUCUAGGGAUUGCUCCCUUAUGA